CAUGUUCUGGACAAGUGUAUAACGAGGAGUGCGGAUAGUGUGAGGUUCAACUUCUACAUCCUUGAUGACACCUACUACUCUGUCCAAGACCGAGACAGAGCUUGUAGCAGAACACUUCAGGGCCAUAAUGGGAAUAAGGAACCAGGGAACAGCUCAAGAGGUAACCUUUCCGCUCGGAUUCCAUACUCUGAAGAUGGAACACUGAAGCAAGAUGCGGUCGAGAAAAUAUCAGAUGUGCAAGAGUGGAGGAGAAGUCGCCCACUUAACGUCAUGGUCGAGUGCCAACGAUUAGAGCUCUUAAAACAUGAUCUGUGUCAGCGACUGAUGAAGGAAACAUGGAACCGUUACGUGGGUUGCUUUUUCAAACUGCUCCUCUUAAUCGAAGCUUUGUAUGUGCUUAUGCUCUCCUUCUACGUCAACCUUGCCUAGUAAGUGUUAUUGCCGUUUUACACUUUGUAUAUUGACUGCACAGUGUCGUACGUUACACCACCAUAGUGUCACCUAACCUUGUGUACACCCACACUAGCCACAAACACAUCAUGAACGGAUGAACAUAAUUUGUCAUUUGAACUUUCCAUCCCGCUAUCAUCACACACACACACACACACACACACACACACACACACGUCGCCAGGAUCAAUCAAUCCUCCAACUUACAUUAUGUAAUAAAAGCAAGCAUCUCCCACAUCCCAGCGGAUUUAUAAAAGACUUGAUAUCUACUUUAAGUAAAAAAAAAAUCAAACAACUAAUCAGUCAAAAAACCUGCCGAAACAAAACUCACUCAACACUGAUUACUCGACAUUUCAUGUAAAUCCACAAUGACAACGUGGAUAAGAUAAAUCUUGAUAAAAUCACACGGGAAGAUGGAA